AUUGUCUUGUUCACUCAACUCAACUAAAAUAUUUAAGGGUGAGUCAGUCUUCCACGUGCUCCUCCUGGGGACUCCUUCCCCUCUCUCCCAUUCAAUGCCAUAUUUUCUUCUGACCCGGCACCCCCCCCCCCCCCCCCCCCCCCCCCCCCCCCCCCCCCCCCCCUGCUCUGUUUUCCUCUUCUUUCUCUGUUCUAGCAUCGUCCCCCUUCCCAUUCCCAUCUCUCUCGCACCCCCAAAAGCCAUUCCCAGACAUGCAUCGAGAUAGGAAUUAAUCAAUCCACCCCUGAAAUUUAACAGACAUCAUCAUCAUCCUCAAGCAAAAGAUCUUCCCCUAGAUUCUCAAAACAAAUACAGUUUCUUUCUUUCUUGAUUUCUUCGCCUCGACAUCAUCUAUUCAUCUUCGUCCCAUUAAUUCUUCUUCCUCAGCUGGGCGGCCAUGGAAGCGGUGAAGCAGGGCGAGGAAGACAUGCCAGAAGGCGUGCAGUGCAUCGACCAUCCCUACGGAAACAACCCAGGCGGGAUCUGCGCCUUCUGCCUCCAAGAGAAGCUCGGCAAGCUCCUCACCUCCUCCUCCUCCAAAUUCAACUCCUCCUCCUUCUUUCCCGCCCCUGUUGCUCCCUCCUCCUCCUCUUCCUCCCCUUCUUUCGCUUCCGACGGCGGUGGUGCUGCCGCCGCCGCAUCGUCCCUGUCUCUCGCCGUCUCCGCGCGCCCUACCUCCUCGCGCCCCAACAAUAGUUCCAAAACCAAAGAUUGUCACCAUCAGUAUGGUUCGCGGCGGGCCCGGAUCAUUCCCUUUUUAGCCCAAAAGAAGAAGAAGAAAAAGGCGACGGUGACUGAUCGUGAAAAUGCCGGUGCUGGAGUUCUCAAGAGGAGCAAGUCCACGGCCACACCGCGGCGGAAUGCGCACUUUUUGGAUGAUGAUUACAGUCCCCAAAAGAAAUCGUCAAGCGGGUUCUGGUCUUUUCUGUACCCCUCCAAGCCCUCAAAAUUGAGCAGGACCAUCAAAGAUUGUUCAAAUAAGAGCUUUGGGUCCAAAUGCGAUUCUGCGGAGGAGGCCGAGAGCCCCAACGCCUCGUCGUCUUCCUCCUUUGGCCGGAAGGUCUCCAGAUCCAGAUCCGUCGGGUGCGGCAGCCGGAGCUUCUCCGGCGACUUUUUCGAGAGGAUCUCAACUGGGUUCGGAGACUGUACUCUCAGAAGGGUUGAGUCGCAAAGGGAAGGCAAGCCCAAGCCGGCCGCCGCCGUUCGCGGUGGCGUAGCGCACGAGCACCACCACUGCAUCAAGGAGAGGGUCAAGUGUGGGGGCAUUUUCGGGGGCUUCAUUCUGAGUUCGUCGUCGUCGUCUUAUUGGGUGUCGGCGCCGCCCGAAGAGAUGAACGGGAAAUCUGCGGCGGGGGUUGCGACGCCGGGGGCUCUGGUUCAUGGGCGGAGCAAGAGCUGGGGCUGGGCUUUGGCGUCUCCGAUGAGAGCUUUCGGGAAGCCCUCUUCCUCUGGUAAAGAAGGGAAAAGAGACGUUGUGAGGGAAGAAUCAAAUAAGAACGCCACUCCAAAUUUAGCAGCCAUUCCAUCAUUGUUGGCCGUGAGAGGCUAAACCCAAUCCUCAGUGAUCAUCAACAAUAGCUAAUUUAUACAGAUUACAUUCUUAAUCACCCCUCUAGCUCGCUUUGCGUAUCUUUCUGCGUGUGUCAAUCUUUGCUGCUUACUAUUUUCAGUUUUCUGAUCAGUAGUGGUACACUUAAAUUAUCAUCCUUUAUCUGUUCAAUUUAUAUGUUUUUGUUGGAUUUAUGAUCAAAA